GUACUGGUUUUUGUUACUCAGUAACACCCGUGUCAUUUCACUAUGGCGAAGGGGCUGUAAACAAAUGCCGUGGAAAAGCUCGUCCUCUGUGUAAAAAAUAGGCUAGAGUUGUUUUAGCGAUGAUUUUGCGUUUAGUUGGAUAUGUUAACAUAGUAAGGACGCAGAAAUGUGUGAAAGUGAUGCAGACAAAACGCGGACCAUCCGAGUAACAUGGACAUCAACAUCAAACCUUCACCACUAAACCUCUCCCAAAUACACCAUUUAUCCCGUUAGUCCGGAUCUGUUUUAGGUUGAAAUCAUGUUGACAGGGUCCAAAACCACCUUUAAAGUCAGACAGAUGGUACCGGACAUGAAGGAGAGGAUGAUGAGCCACAGUAGCCUUCAUGCACGGGGCAGAGAUGUGCUUGGCCUCUGCUGUUUACCAGGAGAGUGUGUGCUGCAGCGGGCCGUGCUGGUGAGGAAGAAGCUGUCGGCUAAGGAAGGAGGAGGCUGGUUGUCUGGGACUCUGUUCUGCACUCAUUUCAGAGUAGCCUUUGUGCCUCAGGACAGCCAGAAACCUGACGAUAAUGCAGAUCCCGUGCUGCUUGGAGAUCAUGACGUAGCCCUCGCCUCUAUUGACAAAGUUGUGGCAGUGGGACCAUCUCGCACCAAACUCGUGACCCCUACCUGCUCUCUGAAGUUCACCCCGGAGGAACUGGUGUUGUACUGCCGAGACUUGCGUGUUCUCUGCUUCCUGUUCGACAGACUCACACCUGAUACUCAAGCUGUGGAGAUUACGUAUACGAUUGCUAAGACCUACCAGCCACUGAAACCUGGGACCAUCCUCUCCUUCCAGAAUGCUGCUUUGGGUAGUAUUGAAAUGAAGCAGUUUCUAAGCAACAGGCGGCGUGACCCUACCAUGAACUGGUUCGAGAGUUCGUUGGGUUGGGAGCAGGAGCUGGAGAGGACAGGUGCCACCGGCUGGAGGGUCAGCUCUGUCAAUGACCGCUUUGAGAUGUCCACCAGUCUGCCCAGAUUCAAUGUGGUUCCUCAGAGGGUCUUAGACACAGAGCUCAAGAAAACAUUUGCUCACUUCAACGAGGGACGCAUCCCACGAUGGUGCUGGCGACAUCCACAUGGCAGCGACUUACUACGAAUGGCCAGCUUCCAAAAUAACAUCUACCAUGAGAAGGACGACAUCAGGAACCUGGAGUUGGUGCUCUUUGGCGGACAGCAGCUGUGUGUGAUUGUGGAUCUGGGAGAGGAAAUGCCGUCACCUGCAGAUAUCCAACUGGCUCACACGAGACUCCGGACUCUUUGUCUAGGCGACAUUUCGUCAUCUGUAUCGGUACCUGAUGACAAGUGGCUCUCCACACUUGAAAGCACUCGUUGGCUCGACUAUACCAGGUGCUGUCUGAGAAAAGCCGCAGAGGUCGCUUGUUUGCUCAGAGGAGGUCACAUGACUGUUGUUCUCCAAGAGCCAGAGGAUCGAGACAUGAACUGUGUGGUCUGCAGUCUGGUGCAGGUGAUGUGUGACCCUCACUGCAGGACUGUGGCUGGAUUCCAGGGCCUGGUUCAGAAAGAAUGGAUCACGGCCGGACACAAAUUCCUCAGCCGGAUUAACUACCACCGUGAAAGUGAUAAAGAGGAGGCCCCUGUAUUCCUGCUGUUUCUGGACUGUGUGUGGCAGCUGUGGGCGCAGUAUCCCGCACGCUUCCAGCUUACUGAAGACUACCUGCUGGCGCUGCAUGACAGCGUGCACCUUCCACUCUUCAGCAGCUUCCUGGCCAACAGUCAGAGGGAGAGAUGCCGCCGUUCACAGCAUCUUCCCCAGAGUUACACCCCAGUAAACGGCCUAAGGGAAUUGCCCAUGGGUGCCCCGGAGGAGCCGGUAGACCCACCUUUCCCCCCGGUGUGGGACUGGGCCCUGCAGUACAGCAGCCAGAGACGAGCCCGCUUCACCCAACCCGUGUCACAGCCCGCCUGUCCUCCACCCGUCCUUAACGGAAACCUCAACACCAACCUGGACCGCAGCUGGCACAACGACGGACUGCCAGGUUCUGUGUUCCUGCUGUCCCGUAGCACAUUCUCCCAUCCCUCCAAUCUGCUUCCCUGGAGGAGCGGCAACUCUGGCUCUUACUGGAAGAGCCACCGCAGGGCUCCUUCCUCUGAGAGUCUGUCUGGUCUCGAACGUCUCAUCAGAGCCUGUUCGCUGUCUGAACCCUCGGAGAACAGCACAACCCUCCACGAUCCAUACGAGCCCCUGCUGCCCCUGCUCUUAGGGCCCUGUGUCAGACUAUGGAGGGGCUGUUAUUUACGGGGCGCGCUACACGCUCAGGCUUUCUCACACCCCAUGUCUUCCUGCAGUCAGCAUCCUUUAGAGCAGCUUUCCUGGGAAGUGCAGCAGCUCCGAGAGAAACUGGCUCAGGCUUCUGACAGACGCCCCGAAAACCAGACUAAACGACAGGAGCCACGCCGACUGGAGUCCAACCUCAACCAGAAUGCCAACAAUGGGACCUUCCUCUUCUCCUCUUCCUCUAGAACGUCUCAACAACAGCCGUCACCCAGCCGAAGUCCGGCCCACCCCUCCGUCCCCCCCAGAGCACAGCGGGCAGCAUCUGAUCCGCCCAGGCCUGCACAGAGGAAUAACGGCAAGCACACGUUUCUAUUCGGCCACCAACAAGAGCCGCAAUCAGGGCAGCGUUACAUUCCGUCCUCCAGUGCCAAACUUCCCAAACGCCCAGGAAACACACACUGAUCUGUAGGGAGGAAGGAAAGGGCACCCUCUGGUGUUUGUGUUAAUAAAGCAAAAUAAUACGGUACAAACAGAAACUCCUCGAGAAACAUGAAAUUUAUUUACACUACCAUUCAAAAGUUUGGUGUCAGGAAGAUUUAUUCAUGUUUUUGAAAGUCUCUUGUACUCACCAAGGCUGCAUUUAUUUGAUUAAAAAGACCGUAAUAUUGUGAAAUAAUAAUACUAAAACAACUGUUUUCUAUUUUAAUAUAUUUUAAAAUGUAACUUAUUUCUGUGAUGCAAAGCUGAAUUUUCAGCAUCAUUACUCCAGUCUUCAGUGUCACAUGAUCCUUCAGAAAUCAUUCUAAUAUGCUGAUUUGCUGCUCAAGAAACAUUUCUUAUUAUUAACAAUAUUGAAAACAGUUGUGCUGCUUCAUAUUUUUGUGGAAACUGUGACACAUUUUUUCAGGAUUCUUUGAUGAAUAAAAGAACAGUAUUUAUUUGAAACAGUCAAACAGAAACCUUUUGUAAUAUCAUAAAUGUCUUUACUUUUGCUUUUAAUCAAUUUAAUGCAACCUUGAUGAAUAAAAGUAUUAAUUUCUUUAAAAAAAAAAAAAACUUUUGAAUGGUAGUGUAUGUGCAUUUGAAAAAUGACACUUUUUGAAUGAGCAGCUAUGUAAGAUUUAGCACAAAAAAAAACGCCUAGCAAAAAAGACGUGAAAUUCUUCCUCUACUGUUUUUUUUUUUUUAUGAUUUAACUUAAGUUUGGCCAGUGUUUUAAAAGAAAAGUUCACUAAAAAUGAAGUCUUUCAUUUACUCACAUUGUUCUGAUCAUAUAACGACAGAAUUUUCUCUUUUAUUACAUUAACUAUUCCUUUAGGUAAAACUGAAAAACAGAAGUAGAUUGCGAUAGUAAGCAUGUCUGCAUGUUGUGUCUGAGGUUCUUGCCAAAAUAUUGAUCUGAUGACUGUGUGGGUCAAGAAACAUUUCUAGCUUUAAGUAGUUUAUGCGCUUCAUGUAGCAGUAGUUCGUGGUACGGUAGGCUAGAAAAAUAGUGAUUUGUGUUUCCUCAACCAGUGGGAAAAUGGCUGCUAUCACGCUAAUAAUAUAACAAAGGAGGUUUGGCAGUUCCCUGAACGGCCACAAGAUGGACACAAAAUAAUCUUCAGCCUCAGUUUUGAAUGCAAAUGAAGCAUUUGGACAGAAACAAAAUGCUGUAUUGCCUCAAUAUUCACAAGCAAGGCACAGUGCUGUCCGGUGUGUUAUGCAUUUUUGUAUUUUAUUAAGUAUUAAUACAAAAUAGGAAAGAAAUGGAUUAGAUGCAACGUUGUUGACAUUUCAAACAUUAUUUAUAUGCUGCCUCUGCCGAUUUAGUAGAUAUGUACUGUGUGUUACUUCAUCAUGAAUGUAUGGUGAUGUGUUUUUAUAAUCAUUUUUUCAUGAGUGAACUCAUUUCGUGUAAAAAGGAAGGGCAAAAAAGUAGUGAUCACAUGCCCAUGUUGAAGGACAUUUUAUAUUCUCAUUUUUAUAUUUUUAUCUUCUGCACAAUACACUCUCUCUCCAUUCUGAGUCACUGUGGAUUUCCAGCACUUCCUUCAACAUGGUUUUUCAUUUCCUGUGGUUUAUUUACAUGAUUUCUUUUGUAAGAUUGAUGGAUAUUCUCCAAAUUACAGUGUUCAGAACUGCUCUUAAAAGAAUAGUUCACCCAAAAAUGAAAACUCUGUCAUUAUUUACUAAUUUUUCUUAAAAAUUCUUUGUGUUCUAAGGAAAAAACAUGAAUGUGACUGUUUUCAUUUUUAGGAUAACUAUUCCUUUCAGGUUUAAUGGAAAGAACUCGCACACCUCUGUGAUGUGGGUUACAAGACAGACCGGUUCUUUGUGAGACUUUUUCCUGAAGAAGCGUUACGCCACAGUGACAACAGUGACGUUCCGAAAUUGAGAGAGUAGCUCCAGAGGUUUGUGUCCUACUUUUAUUUCCCCUACGGGGAAAAGGUGCUGGUAACAUUAAAGGGAUAGUUCACCCAAAAAUGAAAAUUUUGUCAUCAUUUAAUCACCCUCAAGUUGUUCCAAACCUGUAUGAAUUUCUUUCUUCUGCUGAACACAAAAGAAGAUAUUUUGAAGAAUGUCGGUAACCAAACAGGUGAUGGGCCCCACUGACUUGGAAAAAACAAAAGAAAAUACUAUCAAAGUCAAUGGGGUCCAUCAACUUGAGGGUGAGUAAAUGAUGACAGAAUUUCCAUUUUUGAACUAACCCUUUAACAUAUGGUACCGUGUUGAGAUUUCACCUUAUUGUUUCACUCGCAUAUCAGUGAUUCAAGAGUUUCAGUAGAAGUGGACUUGAAAUAUAUUGCAUCAACAUAUUUCACAAGACUGAAUUUGAGCAAAACUGUAUUUGAUGGCACAAGAAUUGCUUGCAUUUAAUGAAAUGAUCCAAUGCUUGUGCCUUAAAACUGAUUUCUGUUUGUUUUGUACUUUUCAUGACAGGGAUGAAUCAUUACUACUUGUCAUUUUUUUCAUUCCUUAUUCUUUUAUAACAACCUUUAUUGGCGCAUUUUAGAUAAAUAAAUGCAUCUUAUAGUUCUUAA